CCUCCCUCUCUCUCUCUCUCUCUGCGUGAUUCGAUUGCUGAUCGAUAACAGCAGCCUUCAAAUUGUAGGUUAGACUUCUCUGCGCUCUCAGCCGGGUUCAUGGAGAACGCUGGUCCGGCGGGCGCGCGCAUCCCGGAGUGCGCCACAGAUCCUCACACUUGAUGCCCCUCUCAGCAGAGAUGGUUGAGCCCUCGUCCAGGUUGCUGUGGUCCUCUUCUAAAAUUCAGUCUCGCUCACUUCUUCUUCUCUCCUAUCAGCUGACAUAGCGCGGCCGACGGCUGUGGCUGCUUCUCCUCUGGAAGAAGAAAAAAAAGAAGAGAGAGGCAGCUUCCACCCGACAGAAAGAAUAAAUUAGGCUGUAGGUUACAUACUUGAGAGGAUGAAGGGGAUUUAUAGAGACGGAUACUACGACGGAUCUAUUGGACUACGGGACGUUUUCAACAGGAGAUGCGUUAAAUGUGGCAGCGGGGACUUAGUUCAAGCCAAAAUGAGGAGGAUUAGGACCGGAAUUGUUUUUUGGAAUCUCAUCUUUUCAUUGAUGUUCACUUGUGUGAAAGGUUUCAUCCAUACCUGUGGAGGCACAUUAAAAGGAAGGAAUGGGACAAUAGAAAGCCCCGGGUUUCCAUACGGAUAUCCAAAUGGAGCGAACUGUACCUGGGUGAUUGUUGCCGAGGAAGGGAAUAGGAUUCAUAUAGUUUUUCAAUCUUUUGCUGUGGAGGAGGAAUAUGACUUUUUAUCUUUGUACGACGGGCAUCCACAUCCAGCUAACUUCAGAACAAGGUUAACAGGAUUUACCAUCCCUCCGCCUGUUACCAGUUCCGGCUCCAUUUUUUCACUGAGGCUUACCAGUGACUUUGCAGUAAGCGCUCAUGGAUUUAAGGUAGCAUACGAAGAGCUCAGGAGUGGCUCGUGUGGAAACCCUGGAGUCCCGUCCAAAGGUAUAUUGAACGGGACUCAGUUCAACGUGGGGGACAAGAUCCGUUACCGCUGUGUAACUGGCUACGUCCUGGACGGACAUUCACUCCUCACCUGUGUGUCCAGCACAGCCGGAGUGGCAGUUUGGGAUUUCCCAGUACCGAUCUGCAGAGCGGAAGACACAUGCGGUGGCACCCUGAGGGGCUCCAGCGGGCUCAUCUCGAGCUUUGAUUUCCCCGGCAGCGACUCUGCCGGCACUCGCGUAGGUGGAGGUGCUGGAGGUUUGGGCAGCAGCGGGGAGUGUAAGUGGACCAUACUGGCAGAUCCGGGCGACACCAUCUCGCUGGUGUUCACGGAGUUUCAGAUGGAGGAAAAGUCUGAUUAUCUGGAAGUGGAAGGAUCUGAACCACCAACCAUCUGGCUAACUGGAAUGAACAUCCCAGCACCAAUCAUCAGCAACAAAAACUGGCUGCGGCUGCAUUUUGUAACAGAGAGCAACCACCGCCACAAGGGCUUCAGGGCUCAGUACCAAGUGAAAAGCUCUGGAGAGCUUAAAUCCAGAGGGGUAAAAUUAUUACCAGGAAAGGACAACACUAACAAACUGUCUUUGAUGAAUGAGGGGGGAGUCAAACAGGUAUCUAAUUACUGCCCUGACCCAGGGGAGCCAGAGAACGGCAAACGGAUUGGUUCUGAUUUCAGCAUCGGAGCAACUGCUCAAUUUACCUGUGAUGAGGACCAUGUGCUGCAGGGUUCCAAAACGAUUACCUGCCAGCGCGUGGCUGAAGUCUUCGCAGCUUGGAGCGACCACAGGCCUGUGUGCAAGGUGAAAACAUGCGGGUCAAAUUUACAAGGACCAUCUGGGACUUUUACAUCUCCUAACUUCCCCAUACAAUACGAGAGCAACUCCCAAUGUGUGUGGAUCAUCACUGCGAGCGAUCCAAACAAGGUUAUUCAGAUCAACUUUGAGGAGUUUGACCUAGAGAUCGGUUACGACUCUCUGACCAUUGGAGACGGAGGGGAAGUAGGAGACUCAAAAACAAUAAUUCAAGUACUGACAGGAAGCUUUGUCCCAGACUUGAUUGUCAGCAUGUCCCAUCAGAUGUGGCUUCAUCUCCAGUCUGAUGAGAGUGUGGGGUCGAUAGGCUUCAAGAUCAACUAUAAAGAAAUUGACAAAGAGAGCUGCGGUGACCCUGGUACACCUCUGUAUGGCUACAAAGAAGGCAGCGGGUUUUUAAAUGGUGAUGUUCUCCGCUUUGAAUGCCAGUUUGGAUUUGAGCUCAUCGGGGAGAAGAUGAUAACCUGCCAGAACAACAAUCAGUGGUCAGCUAAUAUCCCCAUCUGCAUAUUCCCGUGCUUCUCAAACUUCACCUCACCCAUGGGGACCGUGCUGUCCCCCGAUUACCCAGAGGGCUACGGGAACAACCUCAACUGCGUGUGGCUGAUUAUCUCAGAACCUGGCUCCAGGAUCCAUCUGGCCUUCAAUGACUUUGACUUAGAGCCUCCCUAUGAUUUCCUCACUAUCAAAGACGAGAAUCAGUCUGGAGCCUCGGUGCUGGGGCGUUUCACGGGAGCCGAAGUUCCUUCUCAUCUGACAUCAAACGGCAACAUUCUGCAGCUGGAGUUUCAGGCGGAUCACUCCAUGUCGGGGCGAGGCUUUAAUAUCACCUACAGCACUUUUGGGCACAACGAAUGUCCUGACCCUGGCAUACCAUUGAAUGGCAGACGCUUUGGAGACAGUUUCCAGCUGGGAAGCUCCAUCUCUGUGGUUUGUGAGGAAGGCUUCAUCAAGACACAGGGGGCUGAUACCAUCACAUGUCACCUGGAGGACGGAAAGGCAAUGUGGAGUGGUCUCAUUCCCAAAUGUGAAGCUCCUUGUGGUGGACACUAUUCGGGGCCAUCUGGUGUCAUCCUCUCUCCGGGGUGGCCGGGCUACUACAAAGACUCCCUGAGCUGUGAGUGGGUCAUCGAGGCUGAAGCGGGACGAUCUAUCAAGAUUAGCUUUGACAGGUUUCAAACUGAACUGAGCUACGACUUCCUGGAGGUGCAUGAUGGUCCCAAUCUGCUGUCUCCUUUGAUUGGCUCCUUUAAUGGAACUCAGGUCCCCCAGUUCCUCUUUAGCAGCAGUAACUUCCUGUACCUGCUUUUUACCACUGAUAACAGCCGAUCAAACAGCGGCUUCAAGAUCUUCUAUGAAGCUGUCACUUUGGACACGUACUCUUGUAUGGACCCCGGUAUCCCCGUGAAUGGUGCUCGGCUGAGCCACGACCUGUCCAUCGGCUCCACCGUGUCCUUUCAGUGUCAACCUGGAUAUAGGCUGAGCCACGAAGAGCCACUUGUUUGUGAGAAGAACCACUUCUGGAGUCACCCUCUGCCCACUUGUGACGCGUCGUGUGGUGGGGAUAUCAGGGGCCCUUCAGGGAUCAUUCUCUCACCUGGCUACCCAGAACUCUAUCCUAACUCUCUCAACUGUACAUGGACGGUUGAAGUCAACCAUGGAAAAGGUGUCCAGUUCACUUUUCACUCCUUCCACCUGGAGGAUCACCAUGACUACCUUCUGAUAACAGAAAAUGGCAGCUUCGCUCAGCCUCUGGCUCGGCUCACUGGCUCAGAGAGGCCUGCACCAGUUAAUGCCGGCCUGUAUGGGAACUUCAAGGCCCAGCUACGCUUCAUUUCGGAUUUCUCCAUAUCUCUUCAGGGAUUCAACAUCUCCUUCUCGGAGUACAAUCUGGAGCCCUGUCAGGAUCCCGGAACGCCUCGGUUCGGCUGGCACACUGGAUCCAGGUUUGGCAUUGGGGACUCACUGUCUUUCCACUGCAACUCGGGCUAUCGUCUGCAGGGGGCGAGGGAGGUUGUGUGCUUGGGAGGUGGGCGCCGCAUGUGGAGCGCCCCUCUGCCAAGGUGUGUGGCCGAAUGCGGAUCCACAGUUUCCAACAACGUGGGAGCUCUGUUGUCACCAAACUACCCGAAGAACUACGACAACAGCCACGAGUGCGUGUACAGCAUCCAAGUCCAAACAGGCAAAGGCAUUAAUGUCACGGCGAGCAGCUUUCAGCUGGCACAAGGUGACAUUUUAAAGCUGUAUGAUGGGAAGGAUGGUACAGCUCCACUGCUCGGCACCUACACAGGCACACAGAUGCAGGGCCUUUUCCUCACCAGCACCUCUAACUACAUGUGGCUGGAAUUUUACUCAGACCACGAGUCGACAGCAGCAGGGUUCCGCCUCAUAUAUCACAGUUUUGAGCUGUCACACUGUGAUGAUCCAGGAGUGCCUCAGUUUGGCUUCAAAAUCAGCGACCACGGUCAUUUUGCUGGAAGUUCCAUAACAUUCGGCUGUGAACAAGGUUACACCCUGCACGGCAGUGCCACGCUCAGGUGCAUGACAGGGGAGAGAAGAGCAUGGGACAACAACCUCCCUUCAUGCAUAGCGGAAUGCGGCGGCAGGUUUAAGGGUGAGUCCACAGGACGAAUCCUCUCCCCCGGGUAUCCCUUUCCCUACGACAAUAACCUGAGGUGCACCUGGACCAUAGAGGUCACCCCGGGAAACAUCGUCAGUCUUCAGUUCCUUGCGUUCGACACAGAGGCGUCCCACGACAUCCUGAAGGUCUGGGAUGGGCCUCCUGAGAAUGAAAUGUCUUUGAAGGAGGUCAGCGGCUCACUGCUGCCUGAAGGAAUCCACUCCACUCUCAACAUUGUCACCAUUCAGUUUGAGACUGAUUUCUACAUCACCAAGUCCGGUUUUGCCAUUGAUUUCUCAAGCUCGCUGGCGACAGCCUGCAGGGAUCCGGGCAUCCCCAUGAACGGCAGCCGCAACGGGGAAGGGCGGGAGCCCGGCGACUCGGUGACCUUCUCUUGUGAUCCGGGUUAUGAAUUGCAAGGAGAGAGCAAGAUCACCUGCAUCCAGGUGGAAAAUAGAUACUACUGGCAACCCAGCCCUUCAAGCUGCAUCGCUCCAUGCGGUGGGAAUGUGACUGGAUCUUCUGGGUUCAUCCUCUCUCCCAACUACCCACACCCCUACCCACACAGCAAAGACUGCGACUGGCUGAUUGCUGUGCAUUCUGAUUACGUCAUUUCUUUGGCUUUCAUCAGCUUCAGCAUUGAGCCCAACUAUGAUUUCUUAUACAUCUAUGACGGACCAGACAGCAGCGCUCAUCUGAUUGGCAGUUUCCAAGACAGUAAACUUCCAGAGAAGAUUGAGAGCACUUCCAACUUUAUGUACUUGGCAUUUCGCAGUGAUGGCUCUGUGAGCUACACUGGCUUUCAUCUGGAGUACAAAGCAAAGCUACGGGAGGCCUGUUUUGAUCCAGGGAAUGUGAUGAACGGCACUAGAAUGGGCACAGACUACAAGCUGGGCUCUAUGGUUACAUUUCAUUGUGAAGCUGGCUACCUGCUGCAGGGCUACUCCACCCUGACGUGUGUCAUGGGCAACAGCAAGAGACCAGAAUGGGAUAGAGCCAAGCCAAGCUGUCAGGCUCCCUGCGGAGGCCAUUUCACCGCUUCAGAAGGAACGGUUUUGUCCCCAAAUUACCCACAUAAUUACACAAGAGGCCAGAACUGUGUCUAUGACAUCUAUGUCCCAGGCGAUUUUGUGCUCUUUGGUCAGUUUGUGGUGUUCCAGACUCUUCCCACUGAUGCAGUUGAGAUCUAUGAUGGCCCUUCAACAGAAUCCGCUCUGCUUUCUUCCAUAUAUGGAUCACACUCAGGUGAAACACUACCCUUGAGUUCAGGAAACAAGAUAACGCUGAAAUUUACCACAAACGGAACAGAAACAGCGAAAGGAUUUCAUUUUGUGUAUCAAGCUGUGCCACGAACAAGCGCCACUCAAUGCAGCUCCGUCCCCGAGCCGCGCUUUGGAAAGCGGAUAGGGAACGACUUCGCCAUCGGCAAGGUGGUGCUGUUUGAAUGCAAUCCAGGCUACACGCUGCACGGCUCCAAUGCCAUCAGGUGCGAGGCCGUGCCCAGCGCCCUGGCCCAGUGGAACGGCACCGUGCCCACAUGUGUUGUUCCCUGUGGUGGAGUGUUAACCGCCCGCAAAGGCACCAUCCUCUCACCUGGUUACCCAGACCCGUACGCCAACUACCUGAACUGCGCCUGGAGGAUCUCUGUUCCUGAGGGAGCUGGCAUACAAAUUCAAGUUGUGACCUUUGCCACCGAACACAACUGGGAUUCUCUAGAUUUUUUUGAUGGGGUCGAUGGCAGUGCUCCGAGGCUUGGCAGCUAUUCUGGUACAACAAUACCACAGCUUCUGAACAGCACCUCCAACAACCUCUACUUGACUUUCCAGUCUGACAUCAGUGUUUCCGCUGUUGGCUUCCACCUGGAAUACACAGCAAUAGGUUUGGAUUCGUGCCCAGAGCCGCUGCCUCCCAGUAAUGGCCAAAAAGUGGGGGAUCGCUACACUGUGGGUGACAUGGUUUCCUUCCAGUGUGAUCAAGGCUUUUCAUUACAGGGCAAUGCAUAUAUAACCUGCAUGCCAGGGCCUGUCAGAAGAUGGAAUUACCCCGUUCCGCUGUGUUUAGCUCAGUGUGGAGGCUCUAUGACAGACUUCAGGGGUGUCAUUCUCAGCCCGGGCUUUCCAGGGAAUUACCAGAGCAGCCUGGACUGCAGCUGGAGAGUUCAGCUCCCCGUUGGCUUCGGGAUCCAUCUACAAUUUCUGAACUUCUCCACAGAGCCGGUCCAUGACUAUUUGGAAGUGCGCAGUGGCAGCCUGGAGACGGGAACAGUGAUUGAUAGAUUCAGUGGCCCGGUGGUGCCCAACUCUCUCUUCAGCACCACCCACGAGACCACCCUCUUCUUCCACAGCGACUAUUCCCAGAACAAGCCUGGCUUCCAUAUUAUUUAUCAGGCAUAUGAACUCCAAAGGUGUCCUGACCCGCGGCCCUUUCGCAGUGGUAUAGUGAUUGGUCAGGACUACGGUGUGGGGAUGACCAUUUCCUUUGAGUGCUUGCCAGGUUACACACUUCUCGGAGAAGCAUCCCUCACUUGUUUGCAUGGAGUAAGCAGGAACUGGAACCACCCCAUACCCCGCUGCGAGGCUCUUUGUGGUGGAAACAUAACAUCCAUGAAUGGCACGAUUUACUCUCCCGGACACCCUGCUGAGUAUCCACACUUCCAGGACUGCAUGUGGACAGUCAGAGUGCCUCCAGGAUACGGCAUCUACAUAAACUUCUCUGUUAUAAAUACAGAGCCCAUCUAUGACUUCAUCACAGUGUGGGAUGGACCGGAUCAAUCCUCUCCUCAGAUCGGUCAGUUCAGCGGCAGCUCGGUACAGGAAGGCGUGUCCACCACCGCUAAUCAAGUUCUCAUCAAGUUCCACAGUGACUUCAGCACCAGCGGCUUCUUUGAGCUUCAUUAUUAUGCUUACCAGCUGAGAACGUGUCAGCCACCACCGCCCGUCGCCAACGCCACCAUCCUAACUGAUGGUGACGAGUUUGAAAUAGGGGACAUUAUUCGAUACUCGUGCCAGCCGGGCUUUACCUUGGUGGGCAGCGAGAUUCUGACCUGUCGACUUGGCGAGAGGCUGCAGAUGGACGGACCCCCACCUGUCUGUCAAGUGCAAUGUCCAGCCCACGAAGUGCGUUUUGACUCAACGGGGGUCAUCUUGAGUCCGGGCUACCCAGAGAACUACCCCAACCUUCAAAUGUGCUCCUGGCUGAUUAAUGUAGAGAAGGGCUACAAUGUCACUCUACAUUUUGAACUCUUUCAGACAGAAAAAGAGUUUGACAUCUUGGAAAUAUUUGAUGGCCCCAACAUCUACAGUCAGAGCCUUUCCACGCUCAGUGGUGACAUAGAAACGCCAUUCAGUCUGACCACGACAGGCAACCAGCUGUUGUUGCGCUGGUCCUCUGACCAUGGGACGAACCGUCGCGGCUUCCACAUCAGAUAUGUGGGUGAGUAUCAAACGAUGUACUGCAGUACCCCCGACUCCCCACAGCACGGCUUUGUAGUGAGCCAGACUGGGGGUCAUCUUAACAGCGUGGUGCGCUGGGCGUGCGACAGGGGGUACAAGCUUAUUGGGAAGGCCACAGCUGUCUGCAAAAAGACCACCUAUGGCUACUACACCUGGGACGCGCCAGUUCCUGCAUGUCAAGCUGUGUCAUGCGGUGUACCCAGCGCGCCAGUGAACGGAGGUGUGCUCGCUGCUGAUUACUCCGUUGGCACGCGAGUGACCUACUUCUGUAACAGUGGCUACCGGCUCUCCUCCAAAGAACUGACAACCACAGUCUGCCAGCCAGACGGCACCUGGAGCAAUCACAACAAGAUACCCCGAUGCAUUGUGAUGAUGUGCCCAAGUCUCAGCUCCUUCUCCUUGGACCACGGAAGAUGGCGGAUUGUCAAUGGUUCCCACUACGAGUUUGGGACAAAAAUCGUUUUCACCUGCAACCCCGGCUAUUUUCGUGUUGGCCCCGCCCACAUCCAGUGCCUGGCAAACGGAAUGUGGAGCUGGAGAAACGAGAGACCUCGCUGUAGAAUAAUUUCUUGUGGAGAUCUUCCUACGCCUCCAAAUGGGAAGAAAAUUGGAAGUCAAACAACCUUCGGAGCAUCAGCCAUUUUCAGCUGUAACCCCGGUUACAUUCUUACCGGCUCGGCCGUCAGAGAGUGUCUUCUGUCUGGCCUUUGGAGUGGGAUGGAGACUCUGUGCCUCGCCGGUCACUGUGGUGUUCCUGAACAAAUAUUAAACGGACAGGUUAUUGGGGAAAACUUUGGCUACAGGGACACGGUGGUCUACCAGUGCAAUCCCGGGUUCCGACUUAUCGGCUCGUCUGUUCGGAUCUGUCAGCAGGACCACAGCUGGUCUGGGCACCUCCCAGUCUGUAUCCCUGUCACAUGCGGCCAUCCCGGGAGCCCCAUCUACGGCCGCACCAUAGGAGAAGGCUUUAACUUCAACGACGUGGUGCGCUUCUCCUGCAACAAAGGUUACACCCUUGAAGGACCUUCCACGGCGCAGUGCCAGGCCAGCCGCCAGUGGAGCCAGCAGCCCCCCUCGUGCAGAGUGGUCAACUGCACAGAUCCGGGAAUUCCGGCCAACUCUAUUCGGGAAAGUAAAAUCGAACAUGGAAACUUCACGUUUGGCAGUGUGGUCUUCUACGACUGCAACCCUGGAUUUUACCUGUUCGGCUCGUCGGUGCUCACCUGCCAGCCAGAGGGCCACUGGGACAAACCUCUUCCAGAGUGCAUCGAACUGGACUGCGGCCAUCCGGGUACUCCACCCCAUGCAGUGAUAAGUGGAGAGAAGUUUACUUUUGGCUCCACUGUUCGCUUCUCCUGCCUUGGAGACCGCCAGCUCAUGGGGGAUUCAUCACUCACUUGCCAGCUGAAUGGACACUGGAGUGGCCCUCUGCCUCACUGCUCAGGCGACUCCGCUGGCACCUGCGGGGAUCCUGGCACGCCCGCCUACGCCAGCAGGGAGGUGGGGAACUUUAAAGUGCGCAGUAAGGUGCGCUUCACCUGCGCGGUGGGGCACACUCUGUACGGCUCGGCGGAGAGGAUCUGCUUCCCCAACGGAACCUGGUCGGGCAAACAGCCGUUCUGCAAACCUGUGCAGUGUGGGAACCCAGGCACACCUGCUCACGGCCGUAUAUCCCGUUUAGAAGGAACGACCUUCUCCAACUCCAUCGUGUACUCUUGUAUGGAAGGCUAUUUCCUCACAGGAUCGCCCACACGCCAGUGCCUGGCCAACGGCACGUGGUCUGGUACGGCUCCAAAUUGCACAAUGAUCACCUGUGGCGACCCUGGUAUUCCUGCCAACGGACUAAGAUUUGGCGAGGACGUCACAGUGGGGCACAACGUGACAUUCCUGUGCCAGCCGGGGUACGUGAUGGUGGGAGGAGACAACGGCAUCACUCUGACCUGCACCAACAACGGGACCUGGAGUGGAACCAUGCCAGAAUGUCAAGUGGUGACAUGUCCUUCACCCCCCUCCAUCCCCAACGGCCUCCUGGAGGGCUCGGUCCGGGAGUGGGGGGCCAGUGUGAGCUACAGCUGUCUGCCUGGAUAUGAGCUGUCCUUCCCCGCUGUGCUUACCUGCACAGGCAACGGGACGUGGAGCGGAGACCUGCCUCAGUGUUUGCCCAAGUUCUGUGGCGAUCCAGGCACUCCCCUAAAAGGACGGCGAGAAGGACACAGUUUUAUCUUCAAGUCAGAGGUGACGUUCAGCUGCAGCGGCCCCAAUGUGUUGGUGGGCUCGACCACGAGGAUGUGCCAGGAGGACGGCACCUGGAGCGGGAGCCAGCCUCGAUGUAUAGAGCCCACAAGAAGCACUUGUGAAAACCCAGGGACGCCUGAUCACGGAUUUAUGAACUACACCACCGGCUUUAAGGUGGGCAGCAGAGUGGACUUCCAGUGCCAACAGGGACACAUACUCCAGGGAUCCACUACAAGGAUGUGCUUGCUGGAUCUCACCUGGACUGGCACUCAGCCUACCUGCAUCCCUCACUCCUGCAAGCAGCCACGGAGCCCGGCCAACGCUGACGUGGUGGGUCUAGACCUGCCGUCCUACGGCUACACCCUGGUGUACAGCUGUCAGCCAGGUUAUUUCCUCGCCGGAGGUUCGGAGCACCGUGUCUGCCGCUCUGACGGCAGCUGGACUGGCAAGGUGCCUGUGUGCAGAGUCGGGUCCAAAACACAAGAGAAAAAUGUCAAACCUGUAUCAGGGACACCGAGUCCGAAAGUAACGGUUCCUGAUGAUGUGUUUGCGCCUGACUUUGUAUGGAAGGGCUCCUACGACUAUAAGGGCCAGAAGCAGCCAAUGAGUUUGAUAGUCACCAGUUUUAACGCCACCAGUGGAAAAGUGAAUGUUACUUUAACGGACAGCAGCGUGGAGUUUCUGCUCUCUGGAGUCUACAAACGCCAGGAGGCACGCUUAAUGCUCCUGCUAUACCAGAUGAGAGCGCUAACCCACAGCUCUUUGAGUAGGAUUACUGAUGAGACUUGGGCGAUGGAUGGAUUUGUUUCAGCCGAGCCCGAGGGUGGCAGCUACGUGUUCCAAGGCUUCAUACAGGGUAAAGACUACGGACAGUUUGGAUUACAGCGACUGGGUUUGAGCGUGAGAGAGAACGUCACGCUCGCUGACCCGGAGGCGAACGGCUCCACCAACAGCAGUUCUGUGGCUGUUGCCAUCCUGGUGCCUUUCUUUGCUCUCAUCUUUGCAGGCCUGGGAUUUUAUCUCUACAAGCAGCGGAAAACGGAUAAAGCUCAGUACACGGGAUGCUCCGUCCACGAGAACAACAACGGCCAGGCCACAUUUGAAAACCCCAUGUACAACACCAACACGAAAGCCGCCGAGGGGAAAGUCGUCCGCUUCGACCCCAAUCUCAACACCAUCUGCACCAUGGUUUGAUGGCUGCUGCUUGGGAGUUUUUUUGUUCUUUAAUGAAAAAAACUAUUUUAAAGAAAUGUUUCUAAUCACUUUCUGAUGAACACACAGCAGAGACUUGCUUAAGGACAUGAAGCACACUUUUAGCAACCACAAUGGUAGCUGCAAUCAACACAGGUGAGGGGAUUU